CGCAUCCCUGCUGUCGUGAACGCUCGAAUUGAGCAAUCCAGUCCUUCUUUGGCCCGCUCAUCUGCUCGUGAUGGCCUUCAAGCCUUCGUCUCUCAUUGAAUAUGCUCUCCUAGCAAUUCCACUCUAUCUUUUUGCCAUAUCGCCUCUUUUGCGCAUUUUCUUCCCAGAUGUGGCCAGCUCCACCACGAGCUCGUACCAAUCCUUCGAGAGGACGGAUAGCCUCAUAAUUCCUGAUGACACGUUGCAAUGCCCUCCUCAUUCGUAUGCCACCCAUAUAGCUCAUCACGAACCGCUAGUCAUAUAUGUCGAAAACUUCCUCAGCGAUGCCGAAGCAGAACACCUUGUCGCUCUCGCUGAGAAGUCGUACCAGCUGUCCACAGUAUUCACUGGUGAGGCUGAGUCAUUUGACCCUAAGAUCCGGAACUCAAGUAAGGCGUUGCUCGCACGCGACGAUGUCGUGCGAUGCAUUGAACAGCGUGCGCGAGAGUUUCAAGGCUGGAGGAAGGAUGUAUAUAUCGAGCGACUGUGGGCGCAGAAAUAUGAAGCUGGAGGCCACUAUACAUACCAUUACGAUUGGAGCGGUGACCUGAGCCACAGGAGUGGGGGGAGGCUAAGCACAUUCAUGGUAUACCUCAGUGCCGACUGCGAAGGUGGCGGAACGAAGUUCCCAAGAUUGGGAAAGCCCGGGGAAGGGAAGUGGUGCGAAUUCGUGGACUGCGAAGCGAAGGAUGAAGACGGCGAAGGGGAAGGUGUUGUAUUUAAGCCACGAAAGGGUGCUGCAGUGUACUGGGAGAAUUUUAGGCCUGACGGAAGAGGAUACGAGGAGACAUGGCACGCUGGACUGCCUGUUAAGAGUGGGACAAAGAUUGGUUUGAACAUAUGGAGUUGGUGGCAACCAGGCUAUAGCGAGGCUUUGAACAGGCUAGAGACGGAACGUGAGGCGAAGACUUCCCCGGACGAGCUGUGACAGCGAGAACCUGCCAUAAUGACUCAAGUGUCAGCGCCGAAACCUCCGUCUAAGGAUGAGUUGCGGCACAUGUCUCCGCCCAAGUCCACCGGGCCGAACCCAAAGCUUGAGAGGUAACCAAAAGAACCGUGAUACUGGAAGACCUGAAGAUGGUCAGGCAGGUCUAAGAACUGACGCGAACCUUCCACAUAAGUUGCGAGUUGAUGCUUCGUAACGAGGUUUUUGGCAAGUUAAUAAGGAGGAUCUUUGCGCUCGUAAUGGCCAGACCACAUACUGUGUCAGUCGGCCUCCAGUCCUUUAGUGAGAUGGUGAGGCCAGUGGAAGAGAAAACAGACUUUGGCAAUGAUGGUUUUGUGGAUGUGGCAUGGCUUGAUACUGACAGUAACAAGCUAGCAUCGAUCAGCUCCCAAAUUGUCCCGUCCUACCUCUGCAAAUAGACUAAGGAAGUCACGGGCGCACAAAUGUACUUGCAAACAAACCUCUUGCGUCGCAAAGCCGACGAGGGAUGUUGUUUUGCUAUAUCGCAACCUACAAAGUUGCAUGUCCUUGGACGUCCCAUGUGUGCUGUGGCUCUCACCGUCUUCAAUCGAGCAUUGCAUCGAGUCUGUAGAACUCAACAUUUGAGUGAAUGGGCGGAAAUUCAGAAAGCAUAAAACACCAGUGUGAAGAGCCAUCACGAAGACGCAGUGUUGAAUUUUGAAAUCUGGACAGUGAAGCUAUCUCUUCUGUCUAAUGAUCAAGAUUCUGCCCGUCGAGAAGCAGAGCCGCAGCCUCGUCGAUUCAUCCACGAAUUUCCUGUUUUAUCUGCUACAUGCUUCGGCAAGCAAACUUAGAGCGACUCAGCAAAGUCUGCAAGGCGAAGAAGCUUCUGUCCCAUCUCACCCCAGCUCACCAUUGUCGCUCGAUCCAGGUCAGCAACAGCAUCUUUCGCCAAACGCUUCAACUCCUUAAGAUCUUCCACGACCUGGUCGCUCUUCAGCUCUUCGAUCCGCUCCUGAAGUGUUACAACUUUCCGCCUCAGGCUCAGUAGCUGUUGUUCAAGAGCAGCUUUGUCCUUCUUCAAAGCUUCCUCCGAUCUUUGCCACCUGGACCUCCAAACGCUAUCGUCGCCUGAUGCCAGUCGUAUUGAGGCUGCCUCCUCCUUAAGUUUGCUGAUUUCCUCUGUGCAACCAGCGUGCCUAUCUAAUCGAGCUUUCUCGACAAGAAGCUUGAGCUCUUCGAUCUUACUGUCUCUCUCUACGAGCGCUGCUCCAAGCUCAGCUAAUUUUGCUCUGAGCCGUGGUGCAUCCUGGGCAAGCGAGGCAGCAGCCGAAUCGUCGAAAGUUGAAUACUCCUUGAUUACUGCUUCCAGCUUGCUUGUCCUGUUUCGGAGAAGUUCUAUAAGCUCUUCUUGGUCCUGAAUGAUGUCUUUGUAUCUGCGAGUAAGGGCGGUAAAUGUUGCGAUGUGUUCACUUUCCUGGUUGUCAAGAUGCUUAAGUUGCUGGUACGUGAUCACAUUCGCCAUCUUGUGAUUGUUUGACCUAAAAUCUAUCAUCAAUGUUCAUAUCCGGGUGGUCGAAAGUUUACCUCGAGUUUUAGGUUUUGCAUGUGUCUAACCCUUGCGCGGACCGUUUAUAUGGGUGAUCUUGAGUAAGGUGGACCACAGCAUUGAAAUGCGCAUUCAAAGUGCUUUCAUGAUAAAUAUGGCAAGUUAAUGAACGAAUCACGGCUUUGAUCGGUUUUACGCAACUAAACUAUAUCACAUGUUACGCUCAGCACAUUGAGCCUGUGGUCUUUCUAAUCUGUCUCGCUUAACGUCAGGCCAGAGUUCGAAUCCUGCGGCAAAUUUCAAUCAUCAGUCAGGUUUCUUUGUGUAUAAUUAAUAAUAAGAUGUCUGAAAGAUCAUUUACAGAAUAAAUUAGAACAACAUGAA